AUGGAUAAUAACCAUGAUGGCUUUACCAGAUGUGAACUAUUAUGCGAUUCUUUCGAUCGCAUGAAUCUCAAAGAGGGCCUGCUCCGCGGCAUCUUUGCUUAUGGUUUCGAAAAACCAUCUGCUAUCCAACAACGAGCAAUUCUACCCUCCAUCGAAGGUCGAAAUGUAAUCGCGCAGGCCCAAUCUGGUACUGGUAAAACGGCAACGUUCAGCAUAGCGAUGCUGCAACAAAUAUGUAACACAGAUCCGCAGUGCCAGGCGCUUGUAUUAGCUCCCACACGUGAGCUAGCGAAACAAAUUCAAACGGUAGUUGUGGCUCUGGGCGAUUACAUGGACGUCACGUGCCACGCAUGUAUUGGCGGCACCCAGGUAUCAGUGGACAUCGAACGUCUGCAAAUGGGCCAACAGAUCGUAGUGGGAACUCCUGGACGUGUACUGGAUAUGAUUAACCGUCGUUGUCUCCGCACUGAUGCCCUUCGGAUUUUCGUCUUAGAUGAAGCAGAUGAGAUGCUCAGUCUUGGUUUCAAAGACCAAAUUCAAGAAAUAUUCCGUUGUCUCAACCCUAGCGUCCAGGUGCUCUUACUCUCCGCCACAAUGCCAGAUGAAGUGCUCGAGGUGGCUAAGCAUUUUAUGGUUGAUCCGGUACGCAUUCUGGUGAAACAGGAAGAGCUCACUCUUGAGGGCAUUCGCCAGUUUUACGUUAACGUCGAACAGGAAGAAUGGAAAUUCGAAACAUUAUGCGACCUUUAUCAAACCAUUGCAAUAACCCAGGCGGUUAUCUUCUGCAACACACGGCGAAAAGUGGAUUGGCUGACGCAAGAAUUGACUGAUCGUGAUUUUAUUGUCUCAGCGAUGCACGGCGAUAUGGAACAACCCGAAAGAGACAAUAUCAUGACGGCUUUUCGCACUGGUUCCAGUCGUGUUUUGAUCACCACAGACCUAUUGGCUCGUGGCAUUGACGUACAGCAGGUAUCACUGGUGAUCAAUUUUGAUUUACCCACCACGCUUGAGAGUUACAUCCAUCGCAUUGGCCGUGGCGGUCGUUUUGGACGGAAGGGCGUCGCCAUUAACUUCGUCACUCUGUCAGAUCAGCGUAUGCUAAAGGAAUUGGAAUCAUUCUACAGCACGAAGAUAACGGAGUUACCUAUGGACGUUGCAAAUCUUUUUUGA